GUGACAAACACUUCUGGGUACAAAAAUGUAGAGAGCUGAAGCAAAAUAAACUUUAUUGUACCUUUCCAUUGUUCCAUUUUUUUUUCCAGUCUCUAUAGUACAGUUGUAUAGGGUUAAGUCAGGUUUUGGUUCCAACCUGCCCAAUUAUCAUAACAAAGUGUCAUACCACUUGUUCUGUCACGCGAACCAGAAUCAAUAGAAAGGAAUAAAAGCUGCCUUGUUGUGGUGAACUCUGGCCCAGAUGGGUUUCAUAACUCUGCAUUUUGACUCCAGUGAAGUGUUGUCUGGGUACGUUAUCUGGAGUGUGUACAGAAGAUCUAUUUUUAUGUGUCUUUUUAAGUAGGUUUUAUUUUAGUUUUUUGCAAGAUAAUUUUUUGUUGUUGUUUGGGGGGGUUCUGAGGGGGUGCUGGAGUGAGCGUUUCUAUAGUUUCUACGAAAUGGGUCACCGCGGUCUUAUUCUCCAGGGAAUUUAAGGAGACAACAGAUAAAACGUGUGGGCGCAUAAGAAAUGUCUCACAGUGAAUACAGACUAGAACACCACCUGGAGUUAGCUAAUCACUUCUGCUGGUGACCAGGCUUUCAUGAACCGCCUAUGCUGAAUGUGCAUGUCAGCUUUGCUGGCUUGCAGGCUGUACCAAACAGUUUGUACAACACCGCAAAAAUAACACUUUACUAAAAGACAAGUCAGCAACUGAGUUUGCAGAGGGCAGGCAAGACCAGAUCAUAAAUGGGCUUCUCUCACAUCGAGUGAUUUACCGGAUACGUUACUCUAAUAUUUCGCUCAGAUAAUCUCGUCAACUCUGUAGUUGUGUGCCCUUGUCAAGUUGUCCAGUCCCGUAAGCGACGAUGCCACGUGAAAAUGAUCUCAACGGGUACCAACCUGUACAAACCGCAGAAGACGGGCCGGGAAGGCAAAGAGGUGGCAUGCGAACUGCCGACGACAGGGCUGGGGCGGGGCAAGAUUCAACCCCCCUCCUUCCCGAGGAGCGAUGCUGCUGCAGCGUCCUCCAGCGUCUUGCAUCUCCCUAUGCCUUCGGCGUCUUCGUGUGUCUGAUCAACUUCCUGCAGGCGGCUGCGACCUCUGUAACUGGAAGUGCUCAAUUAAGCACAAUAGAGAAACGCUUCCAGCUCAAAACCUCAGAAUUGGCACCAUUCUUGAUCGUCAAUGACAUCGUGAGCGUGAUCAUGGUGCUGUUCGUGGCGUACUACGGCCACACCAGCCACCGACCGAGGCUCAUCGGGGGAGGAAGCCUUCUCAUCGGCUUGGGUCUACUGAUCUGCACACUACCGCAGUUUAUCUACAAGACACCCCCGCAGUUUUCCCUCGACAUUGGUCGUCGGGCAAACGGCACGGCAGAUGGAUUCUCAGAGGAUGGAAAGACUAUUCUUUAUCCAAUUUGUAAAGUUAGCGACAAAGAGGAUGGUGAUUACGAGAAGUGCACAGAAGAGGAAGAGUGGAACGCAGGGUCUCUUAUGUGGCAGGUGUCUUGGAUAAUAGUCGGCCAGAUACUGACUGGUGUGGGGGCUGCUCCAAUUAUGCCUCUCGCUGUCACGUAUAUGGAUGACAGUCUGCAUCGGUCCUCGACGUCAGUUUUUGUAGCCUUCAUGUUCAUCUCUGCCUCCUUCGGUCCCCUCCUCGGGGCUGGCAUUUCCGGCUUCUGCCUCUCCAUGCACACCGAUUUCUACAAGGCGCCGGUUUAUGCCCAAGCGGGUGAUCCGAACUGGUUAGGCGCCUGGUGGGUGAGCUUUGCCAUCAUGGGUGUGCUGAUGCUGGUGGUCGGUGUGCCCACCAUGCUGUUUCCGAAGAGGUUCCGGAGAAGGGCGAAGGGAGCUGGCGGGAGGGGGAGGGCGAAUUCGGAGCAGGGUGCGCAGACUGCGGAGGAGGUUAAUGACGAGGAGGAAGAUAUAGCGAAGAUGUAUCGCCUGAAUGUCCGUGGGAGCGGGGGCGGAAAAUGCUCCUAUGUCAAAGGUUUUCUGGGAGCACUUCGUCGCUUGGUAACCAACCUAACGUUUGUGUCUCUCAUUCUUGGAGUCUGCGCGAUGCUGGCGUCCGUUAUGGGAACAUUUAUCUUCCUAGCGAAGUAUAUGGAAACACAGUUCGGUAUUCCUGCCUCUCAAGCGCCCAUUUUCUUCGGUAUCAUCGCGCCACCUGGUUCCCUCCUGGGUAAUCUAAUUGGCGGCUUCGUGGUCAAGAAAUUGAAGCUGGCCAAGAAGGGACUGGCCAGAAUGGUGGUCACUCUCAAGCCCAUCGUCUUCAUCCUCGCACCGGCGUUCUUCCUCCUUGGAUGCACCAAUCCUGACAUCGCUGGCCUCACUGUUGGAUAUCCUGCCAUCAACACGACCAAUAUACGGCUACCAAACCUGACGUCGGGCUGCAACAUAGACUGUGCAUGCCCAUCCGAGUACACACCAAUUUGUGGGUCUGAUGGUGUGACGUAUGCGACGCCAUGUCAUGCUGGUUGCCGGACGAUAAUUAAGGAGAGUAAUAUCACAAAAGGUGGCGUGUUAUACACUGACUGCAGCUGCAUUGGUGAGAACAGUUCAGCUAACCCAUUAGGCUUGAAUGGAGACUACGAGUACGUGGCCAUACCAGGCGAAUGUCCUCGUGAUUGUAGCACGCUGAUUCCUUUUGUAGCGGUGGCCAUGAUACAAGUUCUUCUCUUAACCAUCGUUGGUAACCCAGGAUUCAUGUUGCAACUCAGGACGGUAGACGAGGAUGACAGGUCUAUAGCCGUUGGCUUCACAUCUAUGCUGCUACGAAUGCUUGCGUUUAUUCCAUCACCUCUGAUCUUUGGGGGAGCGAUUCAAACAGCUUGUAUCCUUCUCCAGUCGUCAUGCGGGAAGACGGGCAACUGCCUUGUGUACGACAUUGUGCAGUUUAGGUUUGUCUUCUACGGGCUGACGUAUGGUCUUGAUUUCCUGAGCCUGGUGAUGUUCACUGUCUGUUACUACUCCAUCAAAGUGACUAAGAGUCCUGAGGGCUUCGUACAGAUGCAUUCAGUUAAAUCAGAUCACGCUGUUACAUCGGUGGAUGAACCGGCUAACAUUGCUACACAAGACCAGGUGUUCAGCGCACGCAAAGAAACCGAUGUAGUCACGAUGGCAGAAAACGACGUCCACGUAGCUUACCAACCGGUGGACACAGAAGAUGAAAACACCAAGAAGCGCGACACUGACAAGAGAAGGGUUUUUGGGAAAGAUGGAGGGCUCCUUCCAGAAGAGCAAUGCUGUUGUGGCUCCAUCCAGCGCUUGGCACAUCCCAUUGUCUUUAGUGGACUGAUUUGCCUCGUCAGCAUCUUCAUGGGAGCCGCCUUCACCGGAACUGGAGGUGGCGUUUUUAGUACAAUAGAGAAACGCUUCCAGCUCAAGACAUCUGAACUGGCACCCUUCUUGAUUGUCAACGACAUAGUGAUGAUUGUGAUGGUACUUUUUGUUGCCCACUACGGCCACACCAGCCACCGUCCGAGACUCAUCGGGGGAGGCACCGUUAUUGUCGGCUUGGGUUUUCUUCUCUGCACGUUGCCACAGUUCAUUUACGAUACGCCUCACCAAUUUUCCCUCAGCACCGCUUCAGCUGCGAACGGCACGACAGAUGGAGACCCAGAAAUAAAUUUGAUUUAUCAGAUUUGUAAGAUAAAUGAAACGUUCUCCGGGAGCGAAAACACGGAGGAGUGCUCAGAGGAAGAAGAGAAGACCUCAGGGUCUCUCAUAUGGCAAGUGUCGUGGAUCAUCGUGGGUCAGAUAAUAGCUGGUGUGGGGGCAGCUCCAAUAUCACCACUUUGCAUCACGUACAUCGACGACUGCGUGGAGAAAUCUUCAACAGCAAUAUUCAUAUCGGCUAUUUUCGUUGCUGGUUCAGUUGGACCGCUUCUCGGUUAUCUCAUCAGCGGCUUCAGUCUUGCCAUCCACACCGAUUUCUACAAGGGCCCUGUAUACUCUCAAUCGAGUGACCCAAACUGGAUCGGCGCGUGGUGGUUGUGCUACGCCCUGACCGGCGUAUUGCUGGUCCUGAUAGGUAUACCCAUCGCGCUGUUUCCGAAGAAAAUCCGGAUGCGAGUGAAGGAUGCUCAAACUGAUGAGGAAGAGAUAAGGAUGACCCACCAAGAUGGGGAGAAGCAGACUAAGGCGGAGAAAGAUGUGUGUGGUGAUGACGUUAGGGUUUGUGACGUGCCGGACAGGACUUGGAAGGGAAAAUGCUCGUAUGCCAUCGGUUUUCUCAGUGCUAUUCAGCGCCUGGUAACCAACGUGACCUUUGUAUCUAUGGUCCUGGGAGCAUGCGCCACGAUUUCAUCAAUGGUUGCGACAUUUGCUUUCAUGGCCAAGUACCUCGAGACCCAGUUUGAUCUUCCCGUUUCGGAAGCACCGAUACUAACUGGUCUUAUCACAACGCCAGGUAUGUUGUUGGGCAACGCUAUAGGAGGCCUGGUGGUCAAGAAGCUGAAACUGACCAAGAAAGGAAUGGCCAAAAUGGUGGUCAUCCUCAAACCGUGUUCUCUGCUCAUCCUUCCACUGUCCCUCUUCCUUGGAUGCAACAAUCGGGACAUAGCAGGAAUCAUGGCAAGUUACCCUACCUCAAACAUCACGAAUGGACCACUGCCAAAUCUUACAACCAGCUGCAAUGUCGACUGCGCAUGCCCAACCACUUACACACCCGUGUGUGGCUCCGACGGUGUGACGUAUGUGACACCAUGCCACGCUGGUUGCUCAGCAUGGAUACAAGGGAUGCCCGAUAGUGACGAUGGUGGAAGCACCACUUUUGUCUACACAAACUGUACCUGCACGGAUGUCUCCAACUCGCUCAGCCAGAUUGGCUUAAAAGGAGACAAUGAGCAUGUGGCGAUGACUGGCGCAUGUCCUCACGAGUGCACUACCCUAAUCCCCUUCGUCGCCAUUGCGAUUUUCAACACAAUCCUUGGUGCCAUUGUCGGUAUACCAGGUUUCAUGUUGGAGUUCAGGGUUGUGGAUGAGGGUGAUCGCUCCCUGGCCAUUGGUUUCUCAUCAAUGAUGAUGCGGUUGCUAGCACCGUCUGAAAAGACAAUGAAGGGCGAUAACACGCUCAGCGAGAUAUCGAAGAGAAAAAAAGAUGGCAGAGAAGGCAUGAGCCCGGAUAAAGAGCUAUCACCGGAAGAGCGAUGCUGCUGUAGUGGCCUCCAGUGUCUGGUGUCCCCCUACCUCUUCGGCGUCAUGGUGUGUUUGGUCAACCUCUUCCAGACAGCUGCUUCAACCGGAACAGGAGGAGGUGUUUUGACUACAAUAGAGAAACGUUUCCAACUCAGAACCUCUGAAUUGGCGCCAUUCUUAAUCGUCAAUGACAUUGUGAGCGUGGUCAUGGUGCUGUUCGUGGCGUACUACGGCCACACCAGCCACCGACCGAGGCUCAUCGGGGGAGGAAGCCUUCUCAUCGGUUUGGGUCUACUGCUUUGCAUGCUACCUCAGUUCAUCUACGAAACGCCUCCGCAGUUUUCAAUAGAUAUUGAUCAGAACAGUACAGGAGAGAACGUAUACCCGGUUUGUCAAAAUACCGAAGGUACACCUCCUGGGUGUACCGAGGAGGAAGAGAAAAACUCCGGUUCGUUAAUAUGGCAGGUGGCAUUGAUUAUCGUUGGUCAAAUACUGUACGGAUUCGGAGCAGCCCCAAUACUGCCGCUCUCCGUCACGUACAUGGAUGACAAUCUGGAUCGGAGCUCAACAUCAAUUUUUGUUGCUGGCUCUUUCAUUGCAACUGCGCUGGGGCCCCUCCUGGGGUACGGCAUCAGCGGGUUGAGCCUAUCCAGACACUCCGAUUUUUACAAGGGACCCGUGUACGCCACGCCAAAGGACCCUAACUGGCUGGGCGCCUGGUGGCUAACCUACGCUAUCACCGGAGCGCUGGUUACAAUUUCAGGUCUCCCCAUUCUGCUGUUCCCAAAGAAGAUCCGACGGCGGGCACAGAAAAUUAAAGACGGAGAGGAGACAGCGAGAGGAUGUGAUGAGGGAGCCAGAGAAACAGCCCCGGAGGCAGAUGAAAGCGAUGAUGUUCCUGCUCUGUAUCGUCUACAGGUUCACCAGACUGGAGAGGGAAUGUGGGCAUAUGUCAAAGGCUUCCUCAGUGCCAUCCGUCGCCUAGUUACCAGUCUUCCAUUUGUGUCCUUGGUUUUGGGUGUCUGCGCGAUCCUUUUUGCCUUAGGUGGCACCAUAAACUUUAUGGCGAAAUAUCUGGAGACACAGUUCUCCUUGUCAGCUUCCACAGCACCCAUGCUGUUCGGUAUAAUACUGACCCCUGGGGCUAUUUUCGGCAACCUGAUUGGUGGAUUCGUGGUCAAGAGGAUGAAGUUGUCUAAGAAGGGAUUGGCUCGAAUGAUCGUCAUCGUCUUACCCUGGUUCUUCCUGCUUACUCCACUGUACCUCCUCCUUGGAUGCGAUAACGGAGACAUUGCUGGCAUCACUACCAGCUACAUAAACAUGACAGACGCAAAACUCCCAGAGCUGCUGGCCGAAUGCAACGUUGACUGCGCAUGUCAGACGCGGUAUACACCAAUCUGCGGCUCCGAUGGCAUGACGUAUGUAACACCGUGUCACGCAGGUUGCCUAGCAACGGCACGAGGGGAGCUUGGAGGAGAGGAAGGUGGUAAUGUAACGAUCUUCACAGACUGUGGGUGCACUGGUACAAACAGUUCGGAUGACCCAUUAGGCUUGAUCGGAAGCUACGAGCACGUGGCGGUACCGGAUGAAUGUCCUCAUGAAUGCAAAAUGCUUAUUCCUUACGUUGCUUCGGUGACGGUUGGGUCGCUCAUCACCACACUAUCGGGGAAUCCAAGUUUUAUGUUGCAGCUCAGAUUAGUAAAUGAUGAUGAUCGAUCCGUCGCUGUUGGGUUCACGUCUAUGUGUCUACGGUUACUAGGAUUUAUUCCAUCUCCUAUCAUCUUCGGCGCGGUCAUCGAUACCGCUUGUCUCCUUUUCCAGUCGUCGUGUGGGAAGACAGGAAACUGUCUGAUCUACGACAUCGUUCAUUUCAGAUACGCUUUUAAUGGGCUGACCGUUGGUAUCAACUUUCUGGCAUUUGUCAUGUUCUUAGUGUGUUACCUCUCGCUAAAAUCGACCGACGAAGCCGAGGUAGGUCGCGAUUCCAGGAAAAACCCGUCGAGAAUGGAGAAUACAACGCAGACACUUGGGAUGAAGGCCUUCAGAGAGACGAUGGAGCAAUUUUGCAGACGGAGGACAUUCAAGACACGGGCAUCUGAAACGCUUUACAUUGCAGCCAUCUGUUAUUGCGGGGCUACUAAUAGUAAACCUUUGACAAUUAUUCUUAGCUUGAACCACUGUGAAUCAAUUUGAACCGGAAAAGCUUCCAAUACCAGCUAAAUCCUACUAUAUAAGGGAAUAUUCAUCACAGAUACUGCUUAGUCUAUCUAUUAAAGUAUAUUCUCGCUGUCUUAAAGAUCACACUCACGCUCAUCCAAUUGAUUCCUUCAAAGUUACUGCCACUACUUUACAAAUAUACAUCAAUAAUUAAUCAAUAAUUUGAAAUUAUUUAUUGUCUGUAUACAGUCUUAAUCUACAGAAGGUAGACUGUAAAGAAGGAAAGUUCAUUAAACAUAAGCGUAUUUGAUUAACUUACGCUAAUGUUGAAUUGUCUGUAAUGCAUAGCUUUACAAACCCUAGCUUAGUAUGAGACUCUCGAUGUACAUAUCCCCAGUGGAUCAUGGUAGAGCUUACUUGUUUUGUUGUUCUUGAAGUGUUAUCACCACGAAUUAAAAUAACACCUUAUCAUUUAUCAAUGCGACUUAAAAUUGUGCUAACUCAAUAGUUUAAUAAUGUUAGCAUUGUUAAAUGCUCACUCUGGUGUUCGCUAUGGGGGCCUCCGAUUACAAAGCCUGAUGACUGUAGUCUUGUUUUACUGCCCACAUUGCUUAAAACAGGGAUAUUUAUUCGGGAAAGGAUUUUGGAACUAAAAAGCAAGAGAAUAAAUAGACUCUUACGUUGUGUUUUGAGUAGAAUUAUUGGAGUUUUUUGGUAACCUGCAGAACAAAUAGUGGCUUGGAAUUUAAGGCUGUCAAUGUAUUCAUGAAUGCUUCAACUCUGUAUCAUCAAUUACACAAUCUUAACAUGGAAACCCAAUAGUACAUGUUGCUGGGCUUAAAGACCAGUGUCAUCAGACAUUGAACUUUGGAAUUAUGGUUGGGGAAUCACUCCGUCGAUCCUUUGACCUGUAAUUUGUUUUGCAAUCUGUCGAGGCUUGAAGGAAUUAUCAGUGGGAAUACUUCGUUUUUAUAUCAAGUUCCUAACGACCAAUUGCCGCUGUGUGGAUGCUGUUAGUGAAUUAUUUCGAAUCUCUGAUCAAUUUUUUAGCUAAACAUUCACAAAAUAGCGCACGAUAAGCCAUACCCGAGGCAGACUUACAGAAACCAAACGACCCCUUAUAGUCAAGUCAAAGCCUGCGUAGAAGACUGCAUUAUUAAAUGUGGCAGUGCAGUUUUCCUGCAUACAAUCCCAGAUCAAAGGUGCAGUUUGGUAAUUUUUGUAAUUGAACGCAGGUACUUUUGUCUGAAUGAUGAACGACAAAAGAUGGAAUGCCGGUACACUAAAAUGAUAAUAGCUAGGUUUGUUUCUCUCUGUAAAAUAAAGAGGAUUGCUCAAUGGAGUGAAUUUUUCAUAACUGCAAUCAAUCUG